AUGCAAAACACAGAGUUGGCUUUGGGACGGCUCGCCAACAGUGGCCUCAGACAGACUUUGCAUGCAUCGCCGAAUGCAGUAGUGCCUCACUCCGCGAGAAAUGACUGCUACAGGGAGGAGCGGCCGCUCCUGCGGGGGGAGGUGCGAAGCAUUCGAAGGAGUCAUCAGCCGGGGCUCAUUGUUGGUUCAGGCGGCAAACAGCGGACCCCCGCACAGCGGCCUUUCAUUGCUUCGGAGCUUGUGCCGCGGUCAAGAACCCCCCUCAGCGAUGCAUCUUUCCAGCGGCGUCGUGCUUUCCGGGUAACUGCGCCAAAAAGGUGUAGACCCAGUGUUGCUGGUGAGCGCGGUGGUGAGUCUGAUGCAUCUGUGGAUGGGAAGGAUGGCAUGCGGCCGUUCAAUGGGCGGCGUCUGCAGGCCCAUGAGAGGUCUGUGCAGCAGCAGCAGCAGCAGCAGCGGGCUUUCUCGCUCUCCGCUGUGAAGCAUGGUGAUGUCAAUUGUACCUGUUUCACUGGCGUCCCCGAGUAUGUACGACAUAAUCCUCUUUUGAGCGCCCGCUUAUCAACUACCCUCUCCUUGUCGUCACCGCGACAGGUUCGGCGGACUUGGCAGGCAGGAAGUGUUUUGCAUGCUGCCCGGUCCACCUCGAUUACCUCGGCGCCGGAGGGCGUUACACAAUGGUUGGCGCGAAGAAGAGCCCUUUCCAAACGGCUUGUCGCCACCCCACAGGCAAGGCUUGAAAGUGGCAAGGCGCCCGGGGUGUUGCGGCGCCACGUCUUGUGCAGCGGGGCCUUGUUGGAGCAAAACUCGGAGCGUCACCCUCAGUCGCAGACGUAUAGCAGGCCCAUUUCUUCUCCGUUCACUUAUAAUGCAGUGCCUUCCAGCACAAAGUUGCAUGACAGCAUCCACGGUAGCCGACACAGCCACAAGGAAAACGUCUUGUCCGACGAUUCUUCUGCGGUUUCCUCUUACCAAGCUGAUCGCCACGUUUGCUUGAGCGUGUGCAGUUUAGUGGAUCAACUGCGGGAGAACCGAAGCACCCUGACGGGGAAGUUUGACUGGCCCCUUGGAACAGCCAGUACUUGCUCCUUCUCCUCCUACUUACGCAAAGCAUACAUGCUUAUGGGACCUAUGUGGUCUACAGAGCGGGAGCGGAUGGUGGCGCGCGAGUUUCUCUCUGCCCACUUGCCAUCGUGUGAAUUUGACUCGGCUCUGAGGUGCGUCAAGGCCCGGCGGCCGGUGUUGGAGAAAGGUGGUAAAAAUCGUGUCGCUGACAGCAUAACUGAGGGGGAUUUUCUCUUUGCCUGCCGGAACAAACUCAUGGAAGACAUGAGCGACCUUGCGAAGGCCGUGCGUGAGGCCCUGGAGAGCGGCUGCAAGUGCCUGGAGAUGGAUGUGGUUCGAGGCACGAUGCCAGCUUCGGUGCUGGAAAAGUUGAAGAUGUAG